AGCAGUGCCCAUAGCUUUUACGCACAUGUGACCAAAAUGCGUUUAAUUAGGCAUACCUUGAGUGUUAAUAUUUAAUGAGCUAAACGAUAUCAUGGAGGUGAAUACUACACUAUUAGGACGCAACUUCAUAGACUUGCGCAUCUUUGCAGAGAAACUUCUGUCGUCUGCAAACCGGUCUCAACAAUUUCCGGACAAUGAAACGGACCGCGUCUCCCAAGAGGAUUUGGACGUGAACACAGACAUCUACUCCAAAGUUUUGGUCAGUGUGAUUUAUGUGCUGUUGUUUGUUGUCGGCUGUUUGGGGAACUCGAUUACCUUGUAUACACUUGUCACGAAGAAAUCUCUUCAGAACCUCCAGUGUACGGUGCAUUAUCACCUGGCGAGUCUCGCCAUAUCCGACCUUCUCAUCCUGAUCCUUUGCAUGCCCAUUGAGUUGUACAACUUCAUCUGGGUGCAUCAUCCCUGGGCUUUUGGGGAGGCGGUUUGCAAAGGUUACUACUUUCUGAGGGACGGCUGCUCCUAUGCGACGGCGUUCAACAUCGCCAGUCUGAGCGUGGAGCGCUUCAUGGCCAUCUGUCACCCGUUCAAGGCGAAGAGCAUCAUGUCGCGAAGCCGCACCAAGAAACUCAUCAGCGCCAUGUGGCUAGCGUCUUUUUUGCUGGCCACCCCGAUGCUCUUCACUAUGGGACAGCGUGUCGUGGACAGUGAGUUCAUUUGCACCACCAUCGUGUCCUCGAUAAGUGCCAAAACCGUCCUACAGGUGAAUGCCUUCCUGUCCUUUGUGGUUCCCAUGACUUUGAUCUCAGCAUUAAAUGGAGUCAUAGCCAGCCAGCUGCUGCGCAGCCUGCGCAUGUUUCAGGAGACGGUUGCUGUUGAGCCCAACCGUGCCCAAUCACUGCGCCAUGGAGUCAUGGUGCUGCGUGCUGUGGUCAUCGCAUUUGUGGUGUGCUGGUUGCCGUACCAUGCCCGAAGACUGAUGUUCUGUUACGUCACUGAAUGGACACCUGGUCUCUUUGAUUUCUACCACUACUUCUACAUGGUCACCAACGUGCUCUUCUAUGUCAGCUCGGCCAUAAACCCCAUCCUUUACAAUCUUGUCUCUGCCAACUACCGGCAAAUUUUCUUUGCCACGCUUCGCUACUUCUUCCUGCCAUGCCGCCAUAAAAAACAGAAACGUGUUCUCACAAGACACUCAAUCAGCAUCUGCAGCAACCAGACCUUCUCCACCAACGUCAUCAAAGAGACUAUUUACUGACCGCUGCCAAUAUCUAGCCAUUUAUUUCCUCCAUUUCAUUCAGCAAAGCCAAGGAGAGACUGCCAAAAUUGUGUUCAGAUUGAGUUAUGACUAGAAUUAUUAUGAUCAUGCAGCAUGCUACUGAGCUUUUGAGUGUUGCAGAAUAGAAACAGUGUUUAUGGGUGGAAAUGUAGCAUUUCGGUACCACAGAAUACACAAAAAAAUGAAUGAACAGUGCGCUGAAACAGUGUAAAUAUUGGGGAAAAAACAUGUAUAUUGAGAUGUUCAUUGUUUCUCAUUUGAAAAAUUAAAUAUAACAAUAAACAGUUUUGGACAGCUAGAGGGGAGUUUAAGG